AUUCGAAAGAAGCCCAGGGUGCGGGAUGCCCUGGCUCCUUCCUGCUCUUUAUACACCGGGAUACAAAUCUCACCAGCAGCCCAUGUCCUCUUUCUCUUCUCUAUAACUACCCUUUCCCUUGUGAAUACUCAAUCUUAUCAAUAUUUACCGCCCAACGUACGCCAAAGACAUACCUUGCGGUUUCUCUGGCACGUGGAGGCUACACACCUGUUCGUGUGCGCCCCGGGCUGAAGAGGAAGUGCCAGGUAUUCUCUGCAGCUCCUUGGGGUCAUUCGUUGCUAUUUAAUCCCAAUCUCAGGAAAGGCCAAUUUCGCAGCCUUUUUUUUGGCGGGUUAACAUCCUCAGCUACGUCGCUUUUUAUGGUAUAAACCCUGCCAUUUCCGGGGUUAACCAGUCAAGAUGGGAAUUUGGCAACGCAGAACAGACAGUUCGUCAACGAUAAGUCCGUCGAAGAAUGAGCACGAAAUUGGUACUACCUUUGCCUCCGAAGAGGGUAUCACUGCUCACGAUGAACCCCACGUUGACCUCCACCGGGGGCUCAAGGCUCGUCAUAUUACAAUGAUCGCUAUCGGUGGUGCUAUUGGGACUGGCCUUAUUAUUAAUACUGGAAGUGCUCUUGCAAAGGCUGGGCCUGCUUCUAUUUUGAUCUCUUACUCGAUCGUCGGCUUCGUCGUCUAUCUCGUCAUGUGUGCGCUUGGAGAGAUGGCUGCAUGGCUCCCACUGCCUUCUGGCUUCACUGGCUACGCCGUUCGUUUCUGCGACCCAGCUCUCGGUUUUACUUUGGGUUGGACAUACUGGUUUAAAUAUAUCAUCACUACGCCAAACCAAUUGACCGCCGGCGCAAUGGUGAUAACGUACUGGCUGGACCGUGAAAAGGUGAAUCCAGGUGUCUGGAUCACGAUAUUCCUGGUAUUGAUUGUCAGCAUCAACUACUUCGGAAUUAGAUUCUUCGGUGAAUUCGAGUUCUGGUUAUCCUCGUUCAAGGUCGUUGUCAUCCUGGGCCUUAUCCUUUUGUCUCUGAUUUUGGCACUGGGAGGCGGUCCCGAUCACGACAGGAAGGGCUUCCGCUAUUGGAACAACCCAGGGGCAUUCAAUACGUACAUUGAUACUGGAGCUGCUGGUAGAUUUUACGCACUCUGGGCCACCAUGGUGUCGGCCACAUUCGCCUAUCUCGGCACAGAACUGGUCGGUGUGACUGUCGGAGAGGCUCAGAACCCUCGAAAGACGAUCCCACGUGCGAUCAAACUCACCUUCUAUCGAAUCUUGGUUUUCUAUAUUCUGAGUGUUCUCCUGCUCGGCAUGCUGGUUCCGUAUAAUUCGCACGAACUCAUUUUCGCAACCAAGGCUUCGAACUCCGCCGCCGCUUCACCAUUCGUUGUGGCGAUCAAGCUUGCCACUAUCCCUGCUCUUCCCGAUAUCCUCAACGCGUGUAUUUUGGUCUUUGUCUUUUCUGCAUCAAACUCAGACCUGUAUAUCGCGACCAGGACAAUCUACGGUCUGGCGAGGGAAGGCAAGGCACCUAGGAUCCUGGCCCGGACGGAUCGCAGAGGAGUGCCUAUCUACGCAUUGGGACUCUCCUCACUCUUUUGUCUUCUGGCAUACAUGAACGUUUCGUCAAGCUCGACGACCGUAUUCCAGUAUUUCGUCAACCUGGUCACAAUCUUCGGCCUUUUGACCUGGAUUUCCAUUUUGGUCACCCACCUUUAUUUCAUCCGAGCCCGCAAGGCCCAGCACGUCCCCGAGUCUACGCUCGCCUACAAGGCUCCUUUUGGAGCUCUAGGAUCCUGGGCUGCCCUGAUAUUCUGCAUCAUCAUCGCGUUUACCAAGAACUAUGAUGUCUUCAAAUACGGCAACUUCGACUACAAGAACUUCAUUACUGGUUACCUUGGCAUUCCUCUAUACCUCAUCCUCAUAUUCGGUUACAAGAUCAUCAUGAAGUCCAAAGGCGUCAAACCGCAUGAAGCAGACCUCUGGACAGGCAAGGAUGCCAUCGAUCGCGAAGAAGCAGAGUAUGAGGCCCGUAAGGCAGCCGAAACGAAGCACCAGCAGCGCAAUUGGGUCUACAAUAUUUUUGUUUCGUGGCUGUUCUAGGAGAAUCUUGACUGCUGCUGGCUUUUUCUUUCCCUUUCUUGGUAUAGAGAGUCGAAUCUAGAGCUUCUUCCUUUAUGGUCCUGUCUUUUGUUAACUGGUCUAUGUAUGUCGUGCCCAUGUUACGUUUACGAGGCUAUGUUUUUCUUGAUGAGUGUGUGUGCUCUAUUUCUUUACGAUCAGCUCUUUCUGCUGUGUAAUAAUUUAUCUCUAUAAUGAUUACGUAUAUUCACGAUG